UUAAGCACCGAAAAACGGUGGGUGGAAGUGGCGACGUGGGUUGUCGUUUAUUCACACGUUUCGUUUCGUUUCGUUUCGUUGGUUUUCAACUACCAAACAAAGACACUGACGUGUAAGUUUCCCAUUGGCCCCAAAUCGGAACCCAAGAGAAUAUGAACAAAUCCCUCUCCAAUGGCGGUUGCACUCGCACACUCACAACAAUGGCGCCAGAGCAAGAAGAUUCCCGCGGAAUCCGCGUCAACGCCAUGCAAUUCUCCUACGACGUGCAGCAACCGCCGCUGUUCCUCGACUUCAGCCUCGACGUCGAACCCGGAUCGCGCUGCCUCCUCGUCGGCGCCAACGGAUCCGGGAAGACGACUUUGCUGAAGAUUCUGGCGGGGAAGCACAUGGUUGGAGGAAGAGACGUGGUGCGCGUGCUCAACGGUUCAGCCUUUCAUGACACUCAACUCGUUUGUAGCGGCGAUCUCGCUUACUUGGGCGGAUCCUGGAGCAAAAACGUUGGCUCCGCUGGAGAAAUUCCGCUCCAAGGAGACUUCUCUGCAGAACAUAUGAUCUUUGGAGUUGAGGGCGCUGAUCCUGAUAGGAGAGAUAAGUUAAUCGAUCUGCUUGAUAUCGAUCUGCAGUGGCGAAUGCAUAAGGUAUCCGAUGGGCAGCGGCGUCGAGUGCAAAUUUGUCUUGGUCUUCUUUAUCCAUAUAAGGUUCUCUUGCUGGAUGAGGUUACUGUUGAUCUGGAUGUUGUUACCCGGAUGGAUUUAUUGGACUUCUUUAGGGAAGAAUGUGAACAGAGAGAAGCUACAAUCGUAUAUGCAACUCAUAUUUUUGAUGGACUAGAGACGUGGGCAACUCAUUUGGCAUACAUACAAGAUGGUGAACUGAGAAGAGCUGAAAAAUUAUCAGAUGUUAACGAGUUGAAAUCUACAACUAAUCUGCUGUCUGUUGUUGAGUCCUGGCUCCGUGCUGAAACAAAGCUUGAAAAGAAGAACCCUGUCCAAAAGACUUCUUUUGCUAGUUCUCCAUUCUUUUCAUCCAGACACAUGGCGUACUAUCGAUAGUCCUUUGACAAAAAAUUCUUAUGAAAAUAAUUUGAGAGACAAAUGCAAGUAAUUCAUUCUUUCAUGCUUGUCAAGUUUGUGGUUGCUUUUACCUUCAACAUCUUUUUCUGGAAUAGCUAUACUAUUUUUUAUAAACCGGAAUAGCUGUAUGUUUAAAAAAAAGUAUGAUUAAAUGAAUCAUAGCUUUAUAAUCACCAAGAAGUCGUAUGUAGCUGGCUUUGGCUGAUAACAUGUAUUCCCUUUGUCAUACAAUAAAUGAAACAUAUACUUGCUGAGAAUAA